UCAAAGUGACCCAGUCCUUUUUCUACCUCACUGCACAUCCAUGCAGUAGGGAGUUUUGGAGGCCUGGAUUUCUUUGGUCCAACUGCAGCAUGAAACCAUCUGUACAGGUGUCGAUUCUGUGCCUGACCUUGAAUCUGGUGGGGAGUACUGCCGUCGAGACAGCACAGGACAACUCAGUCAACCAGGCCCCUCCAGUGGCAUCAUCUUCAGACUGGGGCAUCGGGGCCAUCCGGGAUGGCUUUGAAACUGUUAACGGCUAUUUUGAUUCUUUCCUGGAAUUACUAGGAGGAAAAAAUGGUGUUUGUCAGUACAGGUGUCGAUACGGAAAGGCUCCAUUGCCCAGACCUGACUACAAGCCACAAGAACCCAAUGGUUGCAGCUCCUACUUCCUGGGUCUCAAGGUACCAGAAAGUCUGGAUUUAGGUAUCCCUGCCAUGACCAAGUGCUGCAACCAGCUGGAUAUUUGUUAUGACACUUGUGGUGCCAACAAAUAUCGUUGUGAUGCCAAGUUCCGUUGGUGCCUCCACUCCAUCUGCUCUGACCUCAAGCGAAGCCUUGGUUUUGUCUCCAAGGUAGAAGCUUGUGAAUCUGUGGCAGAUACAGUAUUCAAUGCUGUCUGGACUCUGGGCUGCCGACCUUUCAUGAACAGCCAAAGAAGUGCCUGCACUUGUAACGAGGAGGAACGAGAUGAACUGUGAAGAACAGCAAAGCCCUCCAGCCAUAAGGACCUUAACUUCAUAUGGCCCCUCUCAGAUGUGGCUUGUUAGCUAACUUCUUUCUAGCAUCCCUCUGAAGUGGAGAAGCCUCAAUAGUUUGGGCUACAAAGGAAACAGAUCUCAGUACUGUAUAUAAUGCAUCAAUUACUACUUUUGGGUAGAGAAUAUGAAAGGGGAAACAAUGGCUGCUGCCCAUUUCAGGUUCAGUCUAACAGCCAAGUGAACCUGUUUGAGUUAUCUGAAUGCCAGCUUUUUAUGGACACUGUUUAGGUUGUGCAAACAGAAUGAAAUGCAAACUAUACUAUUUGGGUACUGCUACAGAUCUCGGUGUAAAAUAAUUUCCCCUCCCUAAAUCACUACUCCACUUUUCAAAGGACUUGGUAUUCACUAGCAUCAAAAUUCCAGUUACUAGUUACAUCACUAAAUAAAUUAUUCAGAUGAUGGGCCAGGGCUACAUAUCUUACACACACACUUGAAACAUUUGGAGAAUCCUACAACCAUUCAGAUAACCAGGGAUCUGAUUAAUUAGGAGAGUGAUUUGUAGUAGGCAACAGGCAAACUUUGGCUAAAGUAGUUCUGAGGUGUGUGUGGAGAUGAUAUAGGACCAAAACCCACCCAUGCUAAAGUAGACAAUGCAAUACUCUCAUACCUGAAAGACUCUGUCCAUAAUUUCAGAGAAAAAGAGUCUGCUUUUGUUCUUCAAUCCUGUCCAACUACUAAAUAUAACUGUUUAAGUAUUAUAAGUUAAUGUUGAUUUUCCCAUUUGUUUUCUUUACAUGAUGCUGGAGACCAUUCCACACCUUCAGUGAUGUCUUCUGAAGAGAGGGGUGCAUGAGUCCCAGAGCUGGGUUUGAAGGGACUCUAGCAACCUUAGGCCUGUUUGUAAAAAUGGUACAAUUCAGAGUAGGGCCUUGACUGCAUCCUCUUUCAGGUAUGGACAUGGCUAGCUGAAAAAGAGGAAUAGUCCUGGUGAUUUUUAUCCCCCCAAGCCCCCCAACAUGUUUAAUAUUUACAUUUGUUAGUAGGGAAUUUAUAUAUGUAAAUAAAAGAUGCAUCAACACAAGCAUUUUGUUGUUGCUGACAGGAGGCUUUUUACAGGCAUGUGUAACAUAGUAGAUAAAUAUGGCUGCAUCUCUUGUGUGCAGAUAUGGAUAUGGAUAAAGAGAUAUCUACAUCUAUAUAAUUUAUAUAAAAUGGGCACACACAUAUGCAUAUUUUCCUUGACUUUAUUCAUUUUUCAAUGCUGUGGAAAGUGGGAGUUACAAAAGCGUAACAAUAUUUUAUUGACAGAUUCUGUUUCAGUUCUUUCCUCCGUAGAACAUUCUUAAAUUGAUAGACAUACUUGUAAAUUAUUUAAAUAGUUGUCCCUGUUCUUGCUAGCCUUACUGACCAUACACGAGACAAGUUUUACAUUAGACUCAUAUGGGCUGCAACAGUAAGGGACUAUUGAUACAGAAAUAAUAAAAAAUGAUCAUGUCAAGAUGCGUGGGGAUAUUUUCAUCCUUGGAAGGACCAUUUUAACUUGCACUGAUAAGAUGCAAGGGUAUCACAGCUGUGAUAAAUCCACUUGAUGGCGAGUUCUGCAGUGCUAAAUUUCAUCCAUCUAUCAUAGCAUAUUUCCUGAUGAAAGAAGCUUAUUGUCUACACUUGAAGAUUGUGUUGGGCUACUGGGUUUUUUUGGGGGGGGCGGGGGGGGGACAGGACAAAAGGGUGAGGAAAUAUUUCUAGUUUCAGACACUUUAAGAAUUUAAUGUUUUUAACAGUGAAAUGGAACCCAUUGUUAAUUCUAAAUUUGAACUUAUUCCUAUUGAUAAAUGCUAUCAUUUGCAAACACA